AUGGUCCCUCUCGACAUCGAUACCUGUUUUUUAUGCUUAUCACACUCGGUGCUCACUGUCCGAUUCAUCGAUAGCUACUGGCCCUCCAAAUCUGGCCGAACGAUGACACAGGCUCUUGCUCUUGGACUAGGCUCUAUGUUCAACCAUUCCACACGAGGUCAGAACGUAGGCUGGAAGCGCAACACCGACACCGAUGUGAUCGUUUACACCGCUCUUCGAAACAUCAAAGCCGGAGAGGAACUGUGUAUCUCUUACGGGAGCGCGAGACUAUGGUUCAAAGAUGCCGACGCCGAAGCCUACGACCACUCGCAUAACGACACUGGCGGAGGGACCCUGUCAGAAAUCGAGUUGAGCGGGCUUGGAAAGAUGGAUCUAUAG